GCAAACUCUCUCUUAGCAACCGGCUCGUUAAACAGGGAAAAAGCAUCCUUCCUGAUGGACGAGACGGUGAAGCCUCUGAGGAUUCCUCCUCAAAUGUCCGUCUACGCCGACAAACACAACAUCUUCCACCUGCUGCAGAGCAUGUUGUCCAGCCUGGUGGUGGAGCAGCCUGCAGACGCUCUGAGCUUCAUGAUCGCUCUGCUGCAGAGGAUCAGCACCGACAUCCCCAGAGUGCUGCUGCUCGGUCCUCCUGCUGUCGGAAAACACACCAUGGCCGAGCGGCUCAGUGCUGACCUGAGAGCUGUGCAUGUGACAUCAGACAGUCUACUGAGCGACCAAUCAGAGCUCAGCGCUCAGGCUCGCUGUGUCCCGCCCACUGAGCCACUUCCUGUGGAUCUGCUGGUGAAGCUGGUUCAGAGGAGACUGGGAGAAAUCGACUGUUUCAGCAGG